AUGGCUGGAGCGAGUCAGAAGAAAUUAGCAGUUAAAAACAAGUCAAUACUAGAUCAGUUACUCUAUAUUUCAAUUGGAGUAAACCUUUUGACAUUAUUUGUUAUAUUUUAUUUCAAAAGACCAUCAAAUUAUAUUCCAUAUCUUAUCUUUCAAAUACCAAGUAUAAUAUUGCAAAACUUAUUAGAAAAAAAUGGACGUCCAAAAUAUAAUUCAGCAGGUCAAUUAGUCAAAUCUGGUGAUGAUAUUUUACAAAAGGGAAGUUUAUUUCAAUAUUGUUUUGAUAUUAUAUAUUUGACAUGGUUUUUCAAUAUUUUGACCAUUUUAUUAGGGUCGAACAAAGUUUGGUACUUGUAUCUGAUUAUUCCAGGUUAUAUAGUUUAUAAAUUGAGUGGGUUUAUAUUACCUUUCUUUAAAAAGUCCAAACCGGUUGUUGGUGAAGAAGUUGGAGAAACUAGUGCAACUUCAAAAGAUUCUUCUGGUUUAAGUAAACGUCAACAAAAGUUAAAAGCAAGACAAGAGAAAGGUCCAUCAACGAAAUAUAGAUAG